UUCCACCCUCUUGCUUUCUUCUUCCCCAUUCUGACGACUUGUGGCAGUAGCAGAGUACCUAGUAUGGACGAGCAUCUUCAUUUCCAAAUCCAUAUCGCCGUACAUCUUACGGCAACAUGACUAUCUCUCCAAUCUCAAACUUCGCUAUCGCCGGCCUCCUCUCGCUACUUGGCCUUGUGUCGGCGGCCAACUGCCCAUGCGGUUACAAGCUCGAUUCACCAUCAUCCGGUUCCAUCCUACUCACCGAAGCGGUCGAGACCGACUUCCUACACAUCGGCAACGCCGCCAAGCUUGAUCUCUGGCUCCCACAGGAGUACAGACAAACUGCACAAGCCGCGAAUGGUCCUCUAGGCCGCAGUUUCGACGUCAAGAAUGUCGCUGCAAAUCCUCUCCGGGACCCUCACAGCUGGGCUGGCUCCAGCGUGCGCGGCGGCGAUCCUGGCCUGCAACUCUGGGUGAACAGAACCCUCACACCAGGUGACAGCGGCGGCUCCAUGGUGCAUUGCGCGGAAAUCGUGAUGCAGCGCGGCGACAUCUUAUACGGCAGUUUUCGCAUCGGAUUGAAGACAACAACGGUUAAUGGCACCUGUGGCGCAUUCUUCUUCUACCGCGACGACACCUCGGAAAUCGACAUGGAGUUUCUGUCCAAACAGCAGCUGCCCAAUAACGCCUCAGUGAACCUCGUCAUCCAGUCUCCAGAGAACGGUGGACUAGGGUAUACCGCACCAGGUUCGCCCAACUUCGCUCAUGUGGCCUUGCCGCGUGAGCCAUCAUCGGGGUUCAUCGAGUAUCGCUUCGAUUGGCUGCCAGGUCGAGUGGACUUCUUUGCAGACAACAAGCUGGUCAAUUCCAUGACAGACAACAUCCCAACUGCGCCGGGACGCCUGCACAUUUCGCAUUGGUCGAAUGGCAAUCCAGGCUGGAGUGCUGGACCACCGUCGUCCGAUGCAGCGCUCACCGUCAGCUAUGUGAAGGCGUACUUCAACUCCUCCGAUGCGAAUAUCUCAGCGGCGUCGAUGAAGGCGUGUCAGCUCAACACGGCGACUGCCACGACUUGUGAUAUUCCUGAAGUCGAUCUAUCGUCAAGUCCUGCAGGCCCGGACGGGAACGGCAACGGCCAGACGCCAUUCUUGACGAAUUCCACGGAUGGAAAUUUGCCUUCGUUGGCAAUGCAGAAGAAGGCAUGUGCCCUCGUGGUCGUCAUGCAUGCGGUCGUUCUCGGGACACUCCUUGUUUGGCUUUUCUAGAAAUCAUCACUGUAGAAUCAGCGCCUGUACAAGAGCUUGCAACACUAGUAUCCAAUCAUCACGGAAAACAUAAGAAAUUCGAG